CCUAAUGAAUCAGCUGAUAUAAUGGCAUUGGCUAUACAUUUCAUGGCGCUUACCUUAGCAUUAAGUUCAGACAUGGACAAUACCGAGUUAAUGAUUUCGCGAUUUCACGCUUUUGAUCAAAUGUACAGUUACGAAAAACGGUUACAGACUUUCUCCGACUGGCCAUUUCGAGAGGAUUGCUUGUGCACUCCAGAGCAGAUGGCCAAAGCUGGAUUUGUCCAUUGUCCAAGCGAGAACGAGCCUGACGUGGCCUGCUGCUUCUUCUGCCUGAGGGAGUUGGAAGGAUGGGAGCCACAGGAUGACCCCAGGGCUGAACACAUCAAGCGAACGCCUAACUGCCCCUUCCUGCUGAUGCAGAAGGACCACAGUGAAAUGACCUUGGCUGACUAUCUGAAUCUUAGCAAGGAGCGACUCAGCCUUUUCAUUACAAAGCUGUCCCACAUGAGGAUGGCACACUUUCGUGACUGUGUGGAUACGGCAAAGAAAAACAUUCAGAAAAUGUAAUUUUAAUAUUCUUGUUCUUGUUUGUGAAUUGUUAUUGUAUGUUCUUACUAAUAGUUGCAUCAAUUAAAAAUGAACGCUUUUGUAAUAAAUGGCCCUUGUAGUGUUAACUGAGCACAUCA